CAGCCUAUCCUCUCCGAACGGCGAAGGCAAUGGUCCAGGCGGAGAGUCCUGCUUUCGGAGGGAGACUUUCACACCGCACGAAAGCCAGGGGAACACUCGCAAGUGAGACGAGCCAGAGCCCGCAGCCGCUCGCCCUGGAUUAAAACGGAAACUUUCACGAUGGCUCCGAGGGUGAAAAAGUAGCGCGAGAGGCUGCACGCUAACCGCCGCCGCCGCCAACGGACCUUCUACAGCAAAAAGCAACUCCUAGUAGAUGCACGGCCACCGCUGAAAAAAAAAAUAUGCUCCAGCCGAGCCGCCGCAACCCCGGCUUCAGUCGCAGAUUCCCAGCGUUUUAACCAGUUUUCGCGAGACGUUCGCCGGCUUCUCUUUGUUCCUCGUCCCUGUCUCUCUGCCGACAAAGUCCGCUGUACAAGUCCCCCGACCCACCUGCGAGAGAGCAUUAUGGCAGGGAAGCUGACAGCAGCGCAAGGCACAGGAAUACUGCUGGUGACAGCCAACGUUGGCUCCCUGUUCGAGGAUCCUGAAAAUCUACAGAAAACAUGGCUGAGGGAGUUUUACCAGAUAGUACAGUCACAUAAGCCUCCCUUCUUGGCAGUGCACUGUCAAGAGGUGGGCGGGAAGAAUUAUGAGGCGUCCAUGUCACACGUGGAUAGUUUUGUCAGAGAGCUAUUGUCCAGUGAUGCCAUGAAGGAGUACAGCAGAGCCCGCGUCUACCUCGAUGAGAACUACAAAUCCCAGGAGCAUUUCACAGCUCUCGGAAGUUUCUACUUUAUCCACGAGUCUUUGAAAAACAUCCACCAGUUUGAUUUCAAAGCCAAGAAAUUCAAGAAGGUGGUGGGGAAGGAAACCUGCUCAGAGACACUAGAAAGCACACCUACGCUGGAGAAGGAAAAGUUUCCACAGGAUUACUUUCCUGAGUGCAAGUGGUCCAGAAAGGGAUUCAUCAGAACUCGAUGGGCCCUGGCUGACUGUGCCUUUGAUCUGGUCAACAUCCACCUUUUCCAUGAUGCUUCCAACCUGGUGGCGUGGGAGAAAAGCCCCUCAGUUUACUCUGGGACCAGGCAGAAGGCCCUGGGCUACGUUUUAGACAGGAUCACAGACCAGCGGUAUGAAAAGGUGCCAUACUUUGUCUUUGGAGACUUUAACUUCAGGUUGGACUCUAAGCAGGUUAUCGAGAGUCUCUGCUCCACUGCCACCAUGCAGACAGUCAGAGCCGCCGACACCAAUGAAGUCGACAAGCUAAUAUUCAGAGAAAGUGAUAAUGACCGAAAGGUUGUUCUUCAGCUUGAAAAGAAGCUUUUUAAUUAUGUCAACCAGGACGUUUUCCGGGAAAACAAUGGGACCUCACUUUUAGAGUUUGACAAAGAGCUGUCGGUGUUCAAGGAUCGGCUGCAUGAACUGGAGAUCGCUUUCCCACCCAGUUAUCCGUACAGUGAAGACAGCAGUCAGGGGAAGCAGUACAUGAACACCAGAUGCCCUGCCUGGUGUGACCGAAUCCUCAUGUCUCCCUCUGCCAGAGACCUGGUCUUAAAGCCUGAAAAUGAAGAGAAGUCUAUAGUCUAUGAUAACAUUGGGCCCAAUGUCUGCAUGGGGGACCACAAGCCUGUCUUCCUGUCCUUCCGAAUAACAGCGGGGGCAGGUAAACCUAAUGCAAAUAAGCACAAGUGUUGUGUGGUGCAGUGAUAUCGUGGGAAGUGUUGCCAAAGGGGGGAGAAGAUAUUUCGAGAAGCGCCUCUGUGAGAACACCGGAGAAACAAACAGGACACCAACGCACACACACGUACACAUGCACACAAACACAUAUGCACACACAUUUUGCACAAGCAUACACUGAAGAACCUAGACAAACUUUUUCAGCAGUGCUGACCAGUUGCAGUUGUCCUGACACCUCAUUCAUACGAAAACCCAGCCGUUUUCUCUCCAUAAAACACUUAUUGAGAUGUGGACGAGCACCCGAGGGCCCGGCUCCAGACAAGACACACAUCGCUGACCUCACCGUUGCCAUGCAACCCCAUUCCCCAGAGAAGAAAAAGGAGGACGGACAACUUUUUUCCACGCCACAGCCUCGUUGCCAAAACUCUAAUUGAAAUCAAGUCCUACUACAUACUUUUAGACACCGUACUUGCCAUUUUUUAGGUAUGCCUCUAUGUAUAGAAGCUACUUUCCAUAAAGUAUGUAAGGUGUUUUAAAAAAAGAAAAGUGCAAUGCAAAAAAAGUUGUAUAUCUAUAUUAUUAGGUUUAUUUGUACAUUGGACAGUAUAACAUAGAUUUGUUGAUGGUUUUAGUGCCGUUCACUUUUCGGACCAAACUUUGUGGUCCCUUUGUUGGAAUAGAUAGAUCUUUUCGGUUUAUUUCAACAAUUUAUAUAUUUUUGUUUUGUUUUGUUUUUUUGUUUGUUUUUUGUUUUGAGUUGUUGUUGUUGUUGUGUGCACAACACACUGCCAUGCCUGACACAUCAGUGGAGUCUCAUUUUAUAUGAUGUACUUUUUAAAGAGAUAAUUUAUAAUUCUUACCAAAAUGUUUAUGCUGAAGUGCGUGCGGAGACGGAGUGACUGUUUGGGUGUUCCUGCAGCAACAGUGACCUUUGAGUAGGAGCGAAACAGAGAAACUCUUCAGUGAUUUAUUGCCUAUCCAAGAAUGUUUUAAGCAGUGCCAUAGACCAUGCAAGUAUAUAAGAUAAUGUUUCAUAUAUAGCACUCUCACAUUAUUAUUCUUACUCUAACUUAUUUCUAUAAUGUUAUGGUUCUGAAUGUGAUAUUUUAGAUAGGCUUGGGUAUCCUUAAAAUGUAAACUUUUUUUUGUCUAUUUUUGUUACUGCAUUAUGGUGCCAGGUAUCCUACACAGAAAUGAAGUGUGUAAGAGUUAGAAAAUACUUAAGUCAAAUGGUAAAGGUAUUGAUUAUGAAAUGUAAAAAAAAAAAAAGAGAGAGAGAGAGAGAGAGAAACUCUAAAUAUGUGGAAAGAGCAGGAAGACUUGCUUUUUAUUUGUUUUGUAUGUAGCCUUCAGCAGCCUUCGCUGCAAAUAAUUUGAGCAUUACAGGAGCGAUCGGACAUGCCAGUUUCUUUUUUUCGAUUUCAUUUACGACACUACAGAUUUCAGACUGUGUGAAGCCGUCAAAUUGAUUCUCCUUUUUUCUUUUUUUUUUUUUUCCAUCUAAAUCACAGCAAGUAGAAAUGGUUUUUGUGCGGCAGAAUUUAUGAUGUCUUGUGUGAUUUGGUUCAUAGGCAAAAAGUUAACCAAAAAAAAAAACAAAAAACAAAAAAAAAAACCCUGCUUGUUUUUGUUUCUGCUGGUCAUUGUGAGCAUACUGUAGGAGUAUAAGCUGCAGUUUUUCUUCACUCCAUCUUAUAAAAGCAGAUAGAGAUUUUAUUCUAGCCCCUUCUGGACGGCCUGGCCUCUACUGUAGGUGAUGCAGUUCU